AUGGCGGCAGCAGCGGAGCGCGGCGCGGAGCCGCCCGCGGAGGAGCCGCCGCGCGGAGCCGCCGCCGGGGCUCGGCCGCCGCCGCUGGGCGCCGAGGAGGUGGCGCGGCGCCUGGGCAGCACCCGGCGCCAGCUGAGCAACCGCCGCAAGAUCCUGCUGCGGAACCUGCCGCCCGAGAGCAGCAGCCAGGAAAUCCAUGACUUAUUUAAAGAUUAUGAAAUAAAGUACUGUUAUGUGGACAGAAAUAAAAGAACAGCGUUUGUUACUCUGUUAAACGGAGAGCAGGCUCAAAAUGCCAUUGGGAAAUUUCACCAGUAUCCUCUUCGGGGAAAAGAAAUAUCAGUGCARCUCCAACCAACAGAUGCUUUGCUGUGCAUUACCAAUUUGCCCAUCUCCUUUACCUUGCAAGAGUUUGAAGAACUUGUGCGUGCGUAUGGCAACGUGGAGAGGUGCUUUUUGGUCUACAACGAAGCCACCGGCCAUUCGAAGGGCUAUGGCUUUGUGGAAUACAUGAAGAAGGACUCYGCUGCCAAGGCCAGGCUGGAACUGCUGGGGAAGCAAUUGGAGGAGAACACGCUCUUUGCACAGUGGAUGGAUGUUAACCAGCUGACUCCAAAUCUUAUUCACUCCAAGUGCCUUUGCGUAGAUAAAUUUCAAAGAGACUCUGCUGAUCCGAAAGAACUGAUGCAGACUUUCUCACUAAAGUAUAAACCUGUGUUCUGCCAGUUUGCUCAGGAUGAAGAUAGUUGUGUUGGUGACUUUGCAGUGGUGGAGUACGAAACUGCAGAGCAGGCCGAGAAGGUGCAAGAAGCCACCCAUGGCAUGACCGUGAGAGGGAAGAGGAUCCAGGUGUCCUACUGCGCGCCGGGAGCGCCGGGCAGGAGCACGUUGGCCGCGCUCAUCGCCGCGCAGAGGAUGAUGAGGAACAACAGGAAAGGAUUGCUUCCAGAACCAAAUCCAGUGCAGAUCAUGAAGAGCUUUAGUAACCCAGCAAUGUUGCAGAUGUUAAUGCAGCCCCAGUUGCGUGGACAUGCUAUUAAACCUGUUCUCGGAGCAUCUGCAGGUUUACCUCACCUUAUAAACACAACAGUUGGCCCAGCUUUUUUGCAGUUGAAUAAAGUCCAUCAGAAUUCAGUUCUGGGGAGUGCGUCUAAUUUACUGCUGCAGAGCCCUCCUCACCUGCCGUUGCCACAGCAGCAGCUCGUGAAGAUUGAGAACAUCCAGGCUAAUAGUAAACCGGGUUUGCUGGGGGAACCUCCAACAAUGCUGCUUCAGACAGUGCUGGGAAUAGGGGUGAUGCCAUCUGUGAGUUCAGGCAUGGGAACGCGUGGAGAAGCUCAUAAGUCAUCUAAUCUGCCUCCAAUCCCAACAGCAGCCGCGGGGAUGGGCAUGCUGCCAUUCCUGCCCAGCCAGCACGUGGUCGGACAAGCGCUGCCCGGACACAACGGCGGUGGGGACAAGCAAGGGGCCGCCGAGGYGGCCGUGCCGGCGCCGCAGCCCUUCCAGCCGCGCGCGGCUCCCCGCGGGGCAGCGCUGCGGGCCGGGCUCGCCGCGCACCAAAGCCCGCUCCAAAGCCCCGACGCAGGCCUAGGGACUCCCUUGAAAAAACAGACCUCGCUGCUGGGAGAACCACCAAAGGAAAUACGCCUGAGUACCAACCCCUACUUGAAUUUGGCAAGUGUGUUGCCUGGUUUGUGUCUCCCAGCAGCUGCCAGCAAAGCCUCUAGUCCGCCGCAGCAGACGGSACUUGCAAACCACAUCUUCGAUGCUGCUGCGUCUCAGGGAGCUGCAUCACAACACGGAGCAGAGAAUUAUUUCGGUUACUCUCAGCAGCACGGGGAGUACACCCAGGUGGCCGCGAGCCGCAGCGAGAAGCGGGGCUGCCCGGCGCUCGUCGCCUCGCCGGAGCCCGGCGCCGCGCCGUGCCUGGCCCCGCAGCUGCCGGGCUCGGCCGCACGCUACGCCGAGUCCUCGCUGAAGAAGAAGCGCGUUUACUGACUGAGCCCCGGCCGCCGCAGCCGCUGCUAUUUAUUGCUGCCUUGGCUUCAGCCGGCGCCGCUUCCCACACGGGGCACGCGGAUCCCCACGGAGCCUCCACACAGUAGCCGGAGUCGCCCGGCACCUGUGGGUGCCAGCGCAGCCGCCUCGGGGGGACUCCUGCAGGAUGCACCCACCUUUCCCCUUCCGCAUCCCGCCGAAACGAACAGCAGUCGGACACGCAGGAGGAAAAYAACGGGGUGAGUUUUAGCAACCUACCAGCCAAAAGCAAUAAAAACACUGAGGAUGGACCUCUGUCACGGAACGAGUGGUGGCAGGGGUGAGUUCCGUGACAACCUCGGAGCCCUGCUCUGGCUUUCAGGCUGAACACGUUAAAGAUGAAGACAUCGUGGUAGUAAUUUUUUAAAAAACUCAAGAAUGUGUUUUUUUCCACAAUCUUGCUU